UUUAAUUGAAGAAAAUUAUAAUAUAAUUGUAUAAUAAUAAAUUGGUCACCCAUUUAUUUAUUUAUUAUUAUUUUCUUUUGCGCUCAAAGUUUGAGUUUUGCUUUGGUCAAUGAUUUGCGCGUGUGUGCAGGUGCGUUGGUGACGCGUGACGGUGGCUCCUCCCCCCGGCAACAGAACCCGCCAAAGGUGUCCGCGCCGACGUCAUCGUCGCCAUGAUGACUGACAGCUGAACGCCGACGGCGGUCACGUGCGAAACUUGGAGCCGCCCGAUCGAAACUUGGACGGAAACGACGCCCGAAGUUCCAAACGGACAACACGACGCCGACUUUGACUUCUUGUGGAUUUUCCCCGUGGUGACGUUACGUGAAAGUGAGAGAACGCAGUUCGGAUUUUGCGAAUCUUGAAGGACGAAAAUGUCACAAAACAAGAAAAGUUUAGACGACGAUGUGGAUGACGUCACCUGGGCGGAAGUCAGCCGCUCGCAGCCAAUCAUCAUCGCCGCCGUCAGGCGCGAGGCGUCCGUCAGCAGGAACGUACGAAGCGAACUUUUCUCGGCGUCCGCGCUGUCCAUCCCCGACCCCUUCCCGGAACUCUGCGGUCCCGCCGGGUCGCCCGUUGCCGUGGCGACGCUCUCACCGCCAUCUGGCGACAAACACCUGCUGAAGGUUUUCGCCGAGGGCGAGCACGGCCGCUCGCUUUACGUGAGCUCCGUCGCCACGGCGAUGGAGGUUUGCCGCACGCUGGUGACGACGGCGCGGUGCGGCGAGCGGGAGAACUGGGCCCUCAUGGAGGUCCAUCCCGGCCUCGGCCUCGAAAGGUGCCUAGAGGAUCACGAGGCUGUGCCGGAGGUUCAGGCCGGCUGGGCGCCGAAGGCCGACACGCGUCUCGUCUUCUGCAAGAACUACGCCAAGUAUGAGUUCUUUCGCAAGCCCGCGCUCUUCUUCCCAGAUGCCAUGAUCUCCGACAGCGCAGACGGCGGCAAGCAGAUGACAUCGCAACAACUCGUACAGGACCUGGUCCGGUCGGGCUCGUGUCCCGAGAUCCGAGGUUUCCUGCACAUGAAGGAUUCCGCGCGCAAGUCGUGGAAGCGCGCUUACUUCUUCCUGCGCCGUUCGGGUCUUUACUGCUCGUCCAAGGGCGCGUCCGAGGAACCGCGACACCUGCGGUACAUGGCAGACCUCCGCGACCUUCACGUCUACGACGUGGUCGACGCGCGCAAACUCUACGCCGCGCCGCAACACUUCUGCUUCGCCGUCACGCCUUCAGGAAGUCCGGUCCGCCUUCAGCACCUGAAGAUGUUUUGCGCCGACAGCCAGCAGACCAGAACCUGCUGGACCUCGGCCUUCAGAUUGUUUAAGUAUGGGAAGCAGCUGCAGUCUAACUUCCAACAGUCCACGUGGACACGGCGAAGCCUGACGGACGGCAAAGCCAAGUCGGAGGCCAGCCUGGCGGUGAUGGACUUUUCCGGAAAGUCCGGCGGUCGCGUCGUUGACGACCCGACAGAGGCCGAGUGCACCGAGUGCCGCGGAGGGCGAGCCUGGCGGCGUCUGGAAGUUCUGCACCGCAGCCCGCCCGACUCGAGCUCGGCCUCGGGACCGGCCCCGCUCCACGCUGGCCAGCUGUGGUUCCAUGACGGCGUAUCGCGGAAGCAAGCGCGGCGGCUGCUGGAGAAACGAGGCCUCGUCGACGGGAUGUUCCUGAUCCGUACGAGCCAGCAGCACGCUCGUUGCUUCGUGUUGUCGUUGUGCUUCGAGCUGAAGACCAAACACUUCCUGGUCAUUACUUGCGAGGACGGCGGGCGGACGUUCGUGACGAUGGAUGACGGCGCCACGCUCUUCGCGGACAUUCUGCAGCUGGUGGACUUCCACCGGGUCAACAAGGGCAUCCUGCCCGUCUGCCUCAAACACCCGUGCCCGUGCGUGGCGCUAUGACCCCUCAACACCCCCGUUUUAACCCCCACCCCUUUUAAACGCGUGUUUGUUGCAUGAUCCCAUCAUGCAGCUGUUCCAGCAGUCCUCCCGCAGGGUCAUGUGACUAAUAGCGACCAAUGACGGCAUGACGGGAAACUGGAUCCGUGAUGACCUUAGAGUUCACGUGUCGAUGCAUUAUGUUUAUUUUUUCGCAUUCUGUUUGCAUUUUAGCACAUUUGUCAAUGUUAACAUGGCAUUUUUACCAUUUUGAAAGUCUUUUAAUUAUUCUUUUACAUGUUAAAUAAAUCCUUUCCAAAUAAACGUUAA